UAGAUAUACUUGUAUAUUUCUCUGCUUUUCACUUUUACCAUCAAUUUAUAAUCGAUCCAUCGUGCGUUGGGACGGCACUGCUAGGGCUGCACGACAGCAGCUUCGAUUUCCAUCCCACCUUUUGACGUGUCUGUCUUGUCCUCCAAAACCCAUGGCUCAAAGCACAUCAUGGCAACCCUCGAUCCCGGCUCUUCUCCUUCAAGGAACCCAUUCGCGAGGCAGCCAAACGAUGUUUCUCAAGGUGUUUCUUUUUCGAAGAGCACAAUCCUACCAAGCCCCAAUCGCAAACGACCAACAUUGGCCACAACCGUUAACGAUGUCGGUACGAGCCUCGGAGAUGGCGUCAUGGCGACGCCCGCGGAUAGAAAGGUAAUGUCGUCGAACGGGGGCCCAAAAUCAAGCUGGAGAUUGCUUUGGCGGGGAGGUUUAGAACUUGGCAAUGAAGGUUGGAGGUUGGAAGGAAUCACUUUUUUCGCGCUCUUAUCCUUUUCAGCGCCAACCCCAACAGCGAUCCAUUCUAACCCAUUCUCUUUCCCUACACCACCUCCUUCCUUCUCUCCUGCACCUUCUUCACCAUUCCAUUCUUUACCAGGAGGAACGGUCGAUAUCUGUCUUUCACUCGAAUCCAUGAGAGGCAGGAAGUUCCUUCAGGUCCGCGGAUUGGUGCCCUUGCCAGAGGAGGAACUGUUGGAAGGUGAAGGUGAAGAGGAUGGUACGGGUGGGGUCCAAGUCGCCAUUGCUCCUGAAGCAUAUCUAUUGGCGGCGUACUUCACGGGGCUUUUGUGCAGGGAAGGGAAGCUGUCGAGUAGUGGAAGGACGCUAUGUGCCGUUGUCAUUGGUUUAGGUGAUGAGGAGGUUGAUGCAACGUCCAAAUCAACAAUUUUAAUCUACGGUCAGUUGCAGAAUCAAAGCACCAGUUCUUCAGACAAGGAUGCAACAAGACAAGGCGCUUUACGUCUACUUGUGGGAAGGAAGAGACUACCGCGACCACCAGCUAGCGAAAAAAGGAUCAGGCCAGGCGAACCAUUACCUCGAGCUCCCUUAUUCUUGCCCCCUGACAAUAAGAAGCCCUUCCACCCAUUCGCCCGGACGCUGUCUCGCUCAUCUUCUACUUCCAUUUAUGCUCCACCCCGCUCGGCUUCCGGAAUUGAACCACCUCCCAGGCCUGGACCUGCACCCGUUUCUGGACGAACGCCGGGGCGACGGGGCGAAAAGCGAGCAAUACAAAAUGGGAACGACGAACAACGAAAACGAAGGACUGGGAAGAUUAUUGGUGUCCCUGAGAAGACAUUGCCAUUUGAUGUUGCUGAUCAAUCCAAGGAGGAUGGAGAACGAAGAGAAAGGAGUAUGGUUCCUAAUGAGAGUUCCUACCGUGCAGCAUCUCCAUCACAAACGUCUAUGGUGGCUCCAGAAGCAGUUCUUGGGGAAGAGCAGGAUAUAUUCGGGUUGAGGGCGGCUUCGAUGAGCAGGAUACCUUCGGCCGGUGGGCGAUCUUCCAUCGCCGGCGAUAAGGUCGUGGGAGGUGAGGACAACUCUGAGGAACUUGCAGGUGUUGGACAAGCUAAGAGAGCCAGAGUACCUCAACAAAUUUUGGAUAACAAAGCUUCAAUCCGCAAGCAAACUCUACUGCUUCUAGAAGAAAGAGGGGUUUCUCGUACGAACGACCUCUUCAAAGAGAUAUUUGGAAUCACCACAAAGGGGGUGUAUUUUGCGUUUCGAGAUCGACUGGAAGAGACUCCUCUCCCAAAACCAGAUAUCCAUCGAGUCGUUUUAGGUCACUUGGACAUGUACCUCCCGACAUCCCCCUUCAAGCAAGUUCAUCCUGAAGGGACGAUAUUCGAAGAAGACGAGAAACCUUUCCACGAGAGUGCCGAUAGAAAAACCAACGUCAGCGGCGAGCAAUCGCUAUAUCUGCACGAAUAUCAUGACAGAAAGGUCAAACUAGAGCCCGUAGCUGAGUAGUAAUUCAGUGAAGACGGCACCAAACCGGGGGACUGCAGGACCCCUUACAUUACUGUAGCAUAGUGUACAUACGCAUAACUUAGAUUUCGGCCAGGUAAUAUUGGAAUAUUUUCAAAUCAAUCAU